GAAACUACAAACAUGGGGUUGUUAUUCAGUUAUUUCAAGAGCCUCAUUGGCACCCGAGAGAUGAGGAUAUUAAUUUUGGGACUAGAUGGUGCUGGAAAAACGACAAUAUUAUAUAGAUUACAAGUAGGAGAGGUUGUCACAACUAUACCUACCAUAGGCUUCAAUGUAGAACAAGUAACCUACAAAAAUCUGAAAUUCCAAGUAUGGGAUCUUGGUGGCCAAACAAGUAUCAGACCAUACUGGAGGUGUUAUUAUAGUAAUACUGAUGCUAUCAUAUAUGUAGUAGAUUCAGCUGAUAAAGAGAGAAUAGGAAUAUCUAAAGAUGAAUUGGUCCCAAUGCUAAGGGAAGAAGAACUCGCCGACGCGAUCCUCGUUGUCCUAGCGAACAAACAGGACAUUCCCGGCUGCAUGUCCUUGAAAGACGUCCACCAAGCCCUGGGGUUGGAAGCGCUGAAAAACAGGACGUUCCAAAUCUUCAAGACGUCCGCAGUGAAAGGCGAAGGUCUAGACAUGGCGAUGGAGUGGUUAGCAAACGCGCUCAAAAAUCGAAAAUAACACAUCCUUAACAAAAGUUUUCUAGUCCUGACACACCGCUAUGCCUCGAUAAGAGGGGGUUUGUAAAACAUAUUCGAAAACCUCGUAUUCUUGAGUUGGGGAAAAGUGGAAACUUUCAUUUAGGGAGGGAUAUCAUUAUUUGUUGAAUGUGCUUUUUUUUCGGAAAAUCCACUUCAGCUUUAAUUUUUCAGCAAACAUGGAACGUGACUGACAUCUACAUGAUU